AUGGUGAACAGCAAUCAGAAUAUCAACCCCAUCGUUGGAGGGUUCGCUCCAGACCCCUCGCUUGUCCUCGUCGAUGGCACUUACUUCCUUAUCAACUCGACGUUCCAUCUCUUCCCUGGUCUCCCAAUCUACACGUCGCAGGAUCUCAUCCACUGGCAUCAAAUAGGGAACGCCAUCAACAGGCGUGAGCAGCUCAGUUUCUCCAAGUCCUCCACUUUGGUUCACGAUCUUGGUAACAAUGAUCAUCUCUACGCUACAGGUGGCCUAUACGCACCAACGAUCCGUUACCAUGAUGGCACCUUCUACGUCGUGUGCACAAAUGUGGUGAAUCAUAAGGAGGAAGGCAAAGAGAGUUCCUUGCAGAACUUCAUCGUCUUCACUACAGACAUCUACUCGAGCAAAUGGAGUGACCCAGUUUACUUCGACUUCUACGGUAUCGAUCCUAGUCUUUUCUUCGAUCCUCACACCAGAAGAGCAUAUCUUUGCGGUUCGAGAUCUCCAGGUCCGAAAACCAAGAUCAUACUUUUUGAGAUCAAUGUCAAGACGGGUGAAAGACUGAGUGAUGAAAGGGAACUUUGGCACGGUACUGGUGGCAUCUAUCCUGAAGGCCCGCAUAUAUAUUUUCGAAACGGGUUCUAUUACUUGAUGAUUGCGGAAGGAGGAACACACGAAGGGCAUAGCGUCACAAUGGCGCGAAGUCGUAGUCUUGAGGGCCCGUGGGAAGCAUCGCCCAAGAACUCGAUACUGAGCGCUGCAGGUACCGAUGAAUACGUGCAGUGCACUGGCCACUGCGAAGCGUUCGAAGACAAACAGGGACAAUGGUGGGGUGUUUGUCUGGGAAUAAGAAUGGGCGCUCCUAAUUUAUACGGACUUGGGCGCGAAACGUUCCUCACGAAGGGGACGUGGAGUGAUGACGGUUGGCUCGCCUUUGAUCGCGCGAAAAUGCAAAUCGAAAACCUGGUACCUAUCCCAUCGAAAAGACUCACUGCCGCGCCCGGCGUUGACUUCUUAUAUAUCCACGACCCUAUGCUGUCUCACUACAAGAUUGUGGAACAACAGAUGAUACUCACAGCUUCGCCAAACGAUCUGAAAUCUGCAGAUGUAUCGCCGUCGUUCGUCGGUAAACGUCAGCGUCAAUUGAAAGGAAGAAGCAGCGUCACCGUUCUAUCACCAGCACCUAGCUUCAAGUCGCUAAAUACAGGCCUUGCAGUCUACAAAGACGAACAUCGCUUCAUCUCCUUGUCGUAUACCACGUCUUUGGACUCUUCCGCUCCCCGCAUUGGGCUCCACGUAUGCAAUGCAGCGAAAGGAAUCGAUGACCAGAAACACGCCAAACUAGAGAAAGCAUUUCAAACUCUUCAACUUGUAUGUGAGUAUUCAGAGAUGGAGUACAUCCUGUCGUAUGGAACAGACAGCGGAGAAGUCAAAGAGAUAGGACAGGUAUCCGCUAUGGAUCUGAGCGACAAAGAUUUCGUAGGACCGAUUAUCGGUAUAUUUGCGGAGGGAGAGGGUGGAGAAGUCGACUUCAGGGAUUUCGAGAUUGACAGUGCAUCGUCGCGGGCCGUGUAA